CAGUUCCAAUCUGCAAAAUCACGCUUCAUAGCGCCGUACUAGAAGUAAUACUUCGUACACACUCCGGAGUGCUUGCUGCACUCCACUCCCACGACCCCCAAAUAUGGACACCAAGUCUAAAAAGGACCAGCCCAUAGCCGCCGUUCUCCUCUCGCGCGCCCACGAACCAGACGAAGCAAACCGGAUCUUCACCGAGAAAAUCCAACAGCGGCCGCUCUUCCUCACCCCGUCCUCCCCGCCACCGUCCGACGCGCGCGCCGCGCGACGGCGAGCCCAAGAAAAGAAAAAGCAGCAGCGCAAGAAGGCGCUCAAGCCAAAACCGCUAUCCGCGACGCAGCGCCGCAAGCUCGGCCUCUACGACGUGCCCCGCGAGAGGCAGAAAUACGCCUUCUUCGAGCCACUGCACCAGCUCUGGCUGGGAUACGUGCGCGAGAUCUUGGGCGGCGAGAUCUACACGGGCGGCGAGGGCGCCGCGGCGAAGCUGGCGAGCGCGGAUUUUCACGGCGCCGGGGUCGAGGUCGUGCGCAGCGGGUGUGUGAGUCGGGUGGGGAUCAAGGGCAUCGUGGUGAAGGAUUCCAAGUUUGCGUUCGAGAUCGUUACCCGGAAGGAUAGGUUGAAACUGGUGCCCAAGGAAGGGACGGUGUUUCGCUUUGAGGUGCCCGCGCCGCUGCCUGUGCCGGGAUCGAAGGUCGGAGAAGGCGAGGCGCAGGGGCAGCAGCUAGAGCAGAUGUCCAAGAUGGUGUUUGAGAUACACGGGGAGCAGUUCCAGUUCCGGUCGGCUGAUCGUGCAUCGCGGAAGUUCAGGUCGCACUUCUCUAAGAAGUUGUGAGAAACGUCCCGAGACCUAGCCUGUUUCUCCGACGCCCGGUGACGCCAGCGAAAGGGCCAGAGGGUUCUCGCGGUCCCGGUUGUACCCACAAGACUCUCCAGGGCAUGAGAGUGUUCUG